AUGUCUACAGACCAGUCCUCUUCCUCAGAGUCCCAGGCCUCAAUGCUCGGCGGCCACGUCAAGUACGUCCAAGGCGCCAUCUCCUCCGCCGUGGGCUACGACUCGGGCGAACAGACAAAAGCCGAAGCCGUGCAAGAGAUGAAAGACGCCAAGGCACAAUCAACUUCCACCACCACCCCUCAGCAACAGCAGCCCGCACAGUCGUCGAUAUUGGGCAUGGUGGAAAACGCAGCGGGCAAGGUCACAGGUUGCGACGGCAUGGUCGACGAGGGCACGAAGAGGAUGCCGGAGAAGAGGGGCAUCGAGGAACAGAGUGGGACAGGAUGA